CUCCACACUACACACUACCACCACAACCACAACCACCACAACCACCACCGCACCGCACCACAACCACAACCACACACAAACGCUCAGUCCGGGCACCUCUCAACCCCCAACCCCCCACAAACCCCCACACACACACACACACACUCAGCCCCGCAACAUGUCGUCGGCCUCCUCGUCUUCCUCGCCCUCCUCCUCCUCGCCCUCCUCCUCAUCCUCGCGGUUCUUCUCCAACAUCGUGCUGCAAACCGACGGAGAUGUUCCUGUCAGAGGAAAGGCAACGCCCACGCCGACUACGGCUGCCAUGCUGCCGCCGUCGCUCUCGUACUCUUCCGACUACGAAGAGGACCACGCCAGGUCGUUCGGUCUCUCGUCGUCGUCGUCGCUCGACUCGGAGCCAUCGUCCACCCACGACUCAGUCUUUGGGCCUGCAGAGGCGGCAGGGCUCAAGAGCUCGGCACUACCCAAGGGGUUUGACGACUUGCGAUCUGUUCAUCGCGCCGGAGGACCGUCAAAGCGGUCGUCGGCUAAUUCCCGCGCUGCGCUUGCCUUUCUGGCUGGCAUCACGCCCGAGUUCUUCGACUCGCAGUGGGCCGUCGCCGCAGCCGAGAAGACUGUCCUGGCGCUGCGCUCGUUUGCAAGGACCGGCGCCGAGCGGCUAGAUCUCUCCUUUGUUGGGCUCGGGCUCGUCCCGCUCGAGCUUGUCACGCUCCUCGCCAAUGUUCCGAGCCUGGAACGGCUCAUUCUGCAUGGCAACGAGAUUCGGUCCCUCCCGGCGUGCGUUCAAGAGCUCUCGAGUCUCACCCACCUCGACCUCUCGCGCAACAUGCUGGAAGAGCUGCAUCCGGCGGUCGGCCGACUUGACCACCUCCGGAUUCUCGACCUGCGGUGGAACAAGCUUGAGACGCUUCCGUCGCAAGUCGGGAGACUGACCACACUCCGCCAGCUCCUCCUCGCCUCCAACUCGCUGGUCCAUCUUCCGUCGUCGCUCGAGGGUCUAACCAAUCUCGAGGUCCUCGACCUGUAUCACAACCACUUGCCGCAGCUGGCGCCGGCCGGCUCGCUCGCCAAGCUCACCUCGCUGGAUGUGUCGCGCAACGCGCUCUCGUUGCCAGCUCGCUCGUUGGAGGCAUUGAGUCAGCUCACCGAGCUCUCGCUGCAUUCCAACGGGCUGCGGCGGCUGUCCAAGGCCGUCGGCUCGCUAUCGUCACUCACCUCGCUCGUCUUGUACGGCAACAAGCUGACCCACUUGCCCGAGAGCCUUUGCUCGCUCGCUGCGCUCACCCACCUCAACGUCCGCAACAACCGGCUUGUGUACCUGCCGGCGGCACUCGGCGCAUGCACCUCGCUUGUCCACCUCAACGUGCGCUCUAACAGCCUCGUCGCGCUCCCGUCGUCGAUCGGGCGGUGCGGCAAGCUCGAACUUCUUAAUGCCGCCGAUAAUGCGCUGGUCCAGCUCACGCCUGCGCUGGGCAAGUGCUCCUCGCUCGAGGUCAUCAACGUGGCCCACAACAAGCUCACCACGCUCCCGACCUCGCUCAAGGACCUCCCGCACCUGAUCAAGCUCGACGCGGCCCACAAUCCGCUGCACUCGCUCCCGGCCAACGCGCUCGGCUACAUCUCGUUCCACAAUCUCUCGCCGUGGCGGCUGGCACGGACGCUCCUGCUUCCGCUCUGGCUCAUGGGCUCAGAGCACAUGGGACUCGGCUCGGCACUUGCCGUCCACGCCGCCACCACGCUCCUCCCGCUGCUAUGGCUUGCGCUUCUCGUCGGCUCGGCGUCGCACCUGUUUGGCGAUGCGUCUGCUGACGACGGCGCCGAUUCCGCCGCUGUCUGGGGUCUCUCGGUCAUUCUUGCCAUCUACAUUGUCGGGCUGGGUCUUGUUGUGGCAGGCUAUGAAGCUGUUGUCGGGACGGCGUCGACCAUGUGGCCUGCGCCGUUUACGGUGAGGCUCUCCAAGGCCAACGUGGCCAUGGCAGCUGUAGCUGUCAUCCAGGCACUGCAGCUGGUGGUUCUCUGCGUCCGGACCGAUCUCGGGUGGCCCGCCUCGCUCUCGCAAGUGGCCCAAGUCCUUGUGCUCUCGUUCGAGGACCUCGUCCCGUACCCGGCGUACCUCUCGUUUGCGCUCGCUUGCGUGUGGGCGUUUAGCUACCGACUCUUGGUCGAGGUUGGCCUCUUUACCUUCCGUGGGCGGUUUGCCGAUUCCAUUGCGGGCCUGCUUGCGCUUGUGGAUCCUCUGCUUUUCCUCCCGACCAUCCGCAACCUCAUCUCGCCGCUUGUGUGCUCGUACUGGUCAGACCGGGCGCCGACGCUGGCGGCCGACGUCGACGUGCAGUGCUGGAGUGGAAGCCAUCUGGGCGCAGCAGGUGUUGCGCUUGUCGGCCUCGCCGUCUACUACCCUGCGGCAGUGUUUGGCGCCGGGCCGUGGCUGGCGCGUGUGGCAGCCGACAUCGACGUCCGACGCGAGCCCAAACCCAACUCAUGGCUCCGCCAGCUGGUGUUCUUCGCCGCGGUCGGAACCGCAUUCUUCGAGCCGGGCAAACAGCCCGCUGUGUACCUGGCCGCUGUGGCCACGGCAGCUGCGGGUGCGGUGCUUGUGGUCGGCCGCACCCGGCCGUACGGCUUGUACCUGUGGAAGCUCAACAUUCUGGAGAUGGCCGCGUAUGCCAUUGUCUUUGUGGCGGCCAUGCUCACAAUCUGGGUCAAGGUUGACGACAUCACUUCGCCGUGGAUGGUCUUUACUGUCCUCUGCGUCGUUGCCGCCCUCAUUGCCGCUGCGGCUGUGGGUAUCAUUGGCGUCUACGACGCACUCGACGUGUACAUUGACUCGGACGAGCUCUCGUUUGGCGAUCACGGCGAGUUUGGAUCGCUCUCGGGUGGGGGCGAUGACUCGUCGGCGUUUGAGGCCCACAUGCUGCCGGCAACAGACGCGCUGAUUACUCAGAUGCAAGGCGAGGGCCUCGGCUCGGACUUUGACUACGACGAGUACGCCGCCGAUGCUGGUCACGGAUACGAGUUUGAUGGCGCCCGCCUGGUGUACAAGCACAGCAAGGUUGAUCCCGACGACGAGCUCAAGCUUGCGCGCAAUCCCAUGUACACAACCAUGGCGUGGGGCGCACGCAAGACAUGAUGCUACGCCACCACCAGCUAGAACGGUAGCGCUUGGAUUGGGUGUGGCUGCCGGCUUCGCAGCUGGAGCUGCGCGUCGUGGUAGACAGUGGCGCGCGAGAGAGUAAACCACGUUGACGACCUA